AUGGAUGCAAGACCAGAUACAGCACGGUCUCUCUUCUCAGACAUCGGUGUAGAUCUAUCUUCCUCGCAGCUCAAUCUAUACCAGGUCAACGGUACAAUUGGAGUGGUGUUGAGUGCUACUCAUACGAUAACGAAACAAAAAGUAGCUAUUAAAAAGGUGCCAUUAAAAGACGAUCAAACCCCUGAAACUGUGUCUAGAGAGGUAGCUGCCUUACAAGCAUGUAGAUCACGACAUGUCGUCGACCUCCUAUCGCACUUCACAAUCCCUUAUUGGUCAACAAUGGUGUUUGAAUGCUGUCUUGGUGACUUGUCAGACAUCAUCACUGCACAUGGCCCAUUGCCGCCAGACCACGUCAAGUCAUACACGCACAUGAUGUUGGAGGGUCUUGAUUAUAUUCAUUCUCUGGGUUGGAUGCAUCGCGAUAUCAAACCAUCCAAUCUGUUGAUUGCUGGUGAUGGUUCUAUUCGUAUUGGUGAUUUCGGAUUAGCUAGACAGGUUCAUCCUGUUACAAAGCAUCCUGAUGAUGCUGAUGAGCCACGGCCAUACUCCAAUCAAGUUGCCUCAAGGCAUGAGUGGUAUCGAGCCCCAGAACUCUUAUACGGAGCUCGUCAUUAUGAUUUUGGAGUAGACAUGUGGGCUGCAGGUUGUAUUAUGGCCGAAAUGAUUCGAGGAACUCCAUUGUUUCCUGGUAGAUCGGAUAUAGAACAAUUGAUGCUAGAACUUGCAACUCUUCCAGAUCAUGGGAAACUCGAAUUCACUACAGUAGAAGAAGUGAAGAUGGAAACGCUAGUUCUUCAAGCUUCUCAUGAUGCUAUUGAAUUGCUUGAAGGCUUUAUCAAGUAUUCAGGACAACAACGCAUGUCAGCUAAAGAGGGACUGGAGAGCAAAUACUUUGCCAAUCCACUCGAUAUGAUAUCUGGUUCUAUGAUGCACUUGCCGGUCAAGUCUACACCAAACUACGAAUAUGAUGACGAGGUUGAAGACGAUCGUACGGCACCUGUUAAUAAAUCAGACUCCCAAGAACUUUUGAAUCUAAUGGUUAUAGGGGUGCCCAUCAAACUCAGUCGUCGUAAUUGA